AACACUUCCCUUCAUUGCUCCUCCUUCGUCUCCAGCGUCUUUCUUUCAAUCUGAACCUCCUUCAACUGCACAAUCACCUGUUGGUUUUGUAUCGAUAACUUCUGUGUCUGCAAGCAUGUACUCUCCUGGUGGCCCUGCUUCAAUGUUUGCCAUUGGUCCUUACGCCCACGAAACACAAUUAGUCUCGCCGCCUGUUUUCUCGGCUUCAUCAACUGCUCCUUUCACUCCACCACCUGAGUCUGUCCACUUGACUACGCCUUCAUCGCCCGAGGUUCCAUUCGCUCAACUAUUCGACUCCAACAAUAGAAAUUCUGAGACUUACAAGAGGCUACAAAUAUCUCACUAUGACUUCCAAAACUAUCAGUUUCAUCCUGGAAGCCCGGUUGGUCAACUGAUAUCACCAAGAUCAGCGAUCUCAGCCUCUGGCACCUCGUCUCCUUUGCCUGAUGAAUUCACUACUACUACUACUGCUGGUGGCUCUCAUAUCCUUGAUUUUCAAACAGCUGACACUGCUAAGUUUCUUAAAUUGGAUAAACUCUCGACUUACGAAAAACACAAGUCGGAUCAAAGUUCCGGGUCUAUAACACCAGAUACUGUAAAGUCCACUACUCAACCUGGCUUUCUUCCAAAUCAUCAUUGGGUUUCUGAUAUCAAAAUUUCCUCUUGUCCAAGCAAAUAUCGCCAAAACGAGAUCAGCAUAAAUCAUCGAGUCUCAUUUGAAUUAUCGGCCCAAAAGGACACAUUGUCAUCGUCUGUCGAAAACAAGCCAACAGUAUCAACAUGGACUAAAGCUCUGUCGAAAUCUAAAGUCGACACAGCAACAACAACAACAAACAAAGAAGAGAAUUCAAGAGAGAGUCAAUGUGAUGAGAAACAAGUUGUUACAGAAACUCUAAUUGACGCACCAAAGCAAACAGUUGAUGAAAAGGAUCAUCGGUCGAUAACCCUUUGUUCUUCUUCAACUAAAGAAUUCAACUUUGAUAAUGCAGAUGGUGGAGAUUAUUCUCAAGCACCAAAUAUAGUUGCUGAUUGGUGGGCUAAUGAGAAAGUUGCAGGGAAAGAGAGAGAGGCCUCAAAAGAUUGGUCUUUCUUUCCAAUUAUUCAACCUGGUGUUAGCUAGCAAGUAAAGAAUUAACAUAUAUAUUAAGUGGCUUUUUGUUCACACAAUUUGACACUGGUUUUGAAUUUUGUGCUGUGCUACUACUAAUUUAGCAACACAUACUAAAUUGAAAUUGUGGUGAAUUAAAGAUUGGGAAUUCUAACA